GGAGGAGGAGGAAGGGUUUGAGGAGGAGGAGGAGGAGGAGGAUGGAGGCGACGGCGAUGGCGUGGACGGUGGGGGUGGUGGGGUUGGGGUUGCUGUACUGGUUCGUGUGGGUGAUGGGGGCGGCGGAGGUGAAGGGGAAGCGCGCGGUGAACCUGAAGAUGGGGUCGAUCACGCGGGACAAGGUGAAGGACAAGUACACGCAGUACUGGUCCUUCUUCCGGCGCCCCAAGGAGACGGUGUCGGCGGCCGACAAGGUGCCGGCCUUCGUCGACACGUUCUACAACCUCGUCACCGACAUCUACGAGUGGGGUUGGGGCCAGUCCUUCCACUUCUCCCCCUCCGUCCAGGGCAGCUCCCACCGCGACGCCACCCGCCUCCACGAGGAGCGCGUCGCCGAGCUCGUCCGCGCGGGCCCCGGCCAGCGCGUGCUCGACGUGGGGUGCGGCGUGGGCGGGCCCAUGCGCGCCAUCGCCGCGCGGUCGGGGGCCCACAUCGUCGGCAUCACCAUCAACGAGUACCAGGUCGCCCGCGCCCGCGCCCACAACCGCAAGGCCAGGCUCGACGCGCAGUGCGAGGUCGUGUGCGGCAACUUCCUCCAGAUGCCCUUCCCGAACGCCUCCUUCGACGGCGCCUACUCCAUCGAGGCCACCUGCCACGCCCCGCGCCUGCAGGACGUCUACGCCGAGGUGUUCCGCGUGCUCCGCCCGGGGGGGCUCUACGUCUCCUACGAGUGGGUCACCACCCCGCUCUACCGCGCCGCCGACCCCGACCACGUCGACACCAUCCAAGGCAUCGAGCGCGGCGACGCCCUCCCGGGCCUCCGCGCCCAGGACGAGAUCGCCGCCAUCGCCGCCGAGGUCGGCUUCGAGGUGCUCCAGGAGAGGGACCUGGCGCUACCCCCCGCGGGGCCCUGGUGGACCCGCCUCAAGAUGGGUCGCAUCGCCUACUGGCGUAACCACAUCGUCGUCUCCGUCCUCACCCUCCUCCGCAUCGCCCCCAAGGGCGUCGUCGAGGUCCACGAGAUGCUCUACGAGACCGCGCGCCACCUCACCCGCGGCGGCGAGACCGGCAUCUUCACCCCCAUGCACAUGAUCCUCUGCCGCAAGCCCCUUCUCCCCGCCCCCGCCCCCUCCCCUGCGCCGGAGGACGACGCGAACCAAUAAAUACCUCUCUCUCUCUCUCGAGCCCUAAUCCUUACAAUUAUCACCGCCGCACCGCGCACAAGACGGAGACCAAGUGCUUGCUUUCGAUCCGGAGGAGGAGGAGGAGGAGGUAUGAGUUCCAAUUUCCAUUCCCGUUUCAUUUUUUUCUUCCUUUAGAUUAUUAAUUUUUGCUUGUUCUUGCCUUUUUUUUAAAAUUAAUUUUACUUUCCUGUAUUUUGAUCUCUGUACUGAUCAAAUCGACUCUCUGUUUCUCUAUCGUCGCCGUUAUUUCGAUCUGGCUAUUUACUUUUCUCAAAAAAAAAAAAAAACAAAAAAGUGUUCGAAUCUGUUCCUCUUGCAUUGUAUCCCUUUUUUGUUUUUUUAAUUGUCUUUGCGAUUUUGAAAUUUGUGAGAUAUUUAAUUGUGCGAGAUGUGCGAGAUUUGCAGUGA